GAGUAUAUUAAGGGACUCUGUGAACCUGAACUAGAAGAAAAGGAGUGCUACCCAAAGGACAUGCACUGCAUCUUUGUUGGUGCACAGAGCCUGUUUCUCAACAGUCUUAUUCAGGAUACCUGUGCUGAUAUAACAGUGCUGGAAAUAGGAUUGCUCAGCAUUAAGGGGGGUGCAGAAGCUGUUGUUAUGGCUCAAAGUCAUGUUCAACAGUUUGUGAAGCUUUUUCAGAAUAAUGAAAGCUUAUUAAGUGACAAUGAGUCGGAGAUUAAAAAGCAAUUCAGACAAUUUGUGGAAGCCCAUGCAGAUAAAUACACAAUGGAUUUACUGAUUUUGCCUAGCUCACUAAAAAGAGAACUCUUAGCUCUCACACAAAAUGAAUGUUGCGAAGAGGAGAGCGAUAUCAUAGAUCUUACAGGUUCUGAAAGCCCGACAGAGCUUUUACAGAACAAAGCCUCCAAAGUAAUCGCUACAAACAGAGAUGGAAGAGCAGGUGGUGAGGAAGCAAGAAACAAUGCUGGGACACCUGUAACUGAGCUUACAAAGCAAAUGGACACUGUGUUUUCUGAUGCUCCUGAAACAAGUUUUGUUCCCAUAAACGUUGUGCCUCUGUUAGAGGCAGUGGUGGCUAAAGAAAGGCAGUCAUGUAAAAGAAGAUCUUCUGAUGGUGAGGAAAGGCUCCCUAAAAAGCAGUUCUCCUUAGAAAAUUAUCAGGAAGUUAAAUCUGCUUCACACAGUAAUCCUUCAGACAGGGAUGCAGUUAUUGGUCUGCUUUCGAAUAGCUGCAGUGAAUCAGAUGAUCCCAGUUAUUGCCUUAAAGAAAGUGAUGAUAUCAGUGAGGAAAUGGAAUAUAAGAUUCUUGUGAACUUUUUCAGAACAAUGGGAUAUUCCCAAAAUAUUGUAGAAAAAGUUAUUGGUAUCCUAGGACAAUCUGUGGAACCAUUAAUAUUGCUAGAAGAAAUUGAAAAGGAAAAUUUAAAAUUUCAAAAAGAACACAAACAGUCAUCUCCAAAGCCUAGAACUAUCAAUCCUCCUUUAGGAAGUAAUGCAAAUAAUUCACAAAAGCUAGAAGACGAAGGCAUUUCUAGCAAUAAAAGCCCACUUAAAUCCAGUCAGACUUCAAAGGAGAGAAAAAUUGAAUAUCACAAAAUGAGAGAUUCACCAAGCAUGCAAGUUGAUGCAGAAGAUAAAAUGCAUAUGUUGGUAUGCAAACCUGCUUCUCCUUCCAGUAAAAAUUCAGCUAUAUGGUAUAAACAAAGAGACAUAUAUUGCCCUGGUAAGAAUCACAGUUCAAGGUCACACGAUAUAGAAACUGAUGGUGGUGUAACGUUUGGCACUACACAAGCUGGAGCUCUAAAAGAUGUUGAUUUUGUAGCCAGAGGGAGCUCAGAUGUGCAGCGUAAGACUAAAACUGCAGUUCAGCAAAAAUGUGCAGGGCCCUCAACUGUACUGAAUAGUCGUCCUGUUUUUGAGGACCAAGUAGGACACUGCAGCUCUUCUCAGAUGAGAUCUCUCAACCAAUGCCUUUGCCAAACCUCAAAUUCUGAAAAUCCUAUCCCAGACCAGGUAUUGUCUUCACAAAUACAUCCUUCAAAUCCUGAUAGAGAGACAGUGGGACAGCACCGAUGUCAUCCUGAUCCUUCAGUUACUGGAGUCCAAAGAUUUUUGGAAUCUCUGAAAAAGCCAUACAGGCUGGAGUUGAAAAAUGAACCUGGGAAACCAUGUUUAAAACAUAUCAUUAUCGAUGGAAGCAAUGUUGCAAUGUCUCAUGGUCUAAGGAAAUUCUUCUCCUGUCGAGGAAUUGCAAUAGCUGUUGACUACUUUUGGAAACGUGGGCACAGAAAUAUUACUGUAUUUGUUCCACAGUGGAGAACAAGACGUGAUCCUUACAUUACAGAGCAGGAUUUCUUAACACAGCUCCAGGAUGUUGGAAUAUUGUCUUUAACCCCUGCAAGGAUGGUUUUAGGAGCAAGAAUUGCUGCUCAUGACGACAGGUUUUUAUUACACCUUGCUGAUAAAACUGGAGGUGUUAUUGUGACUAAUGAUAACUUCAGAGAAUUUGUGACAGAAUCACUUGCCUGGAGAGAAAUUAUUCAAAAAAGGUUGCUCCAGUACACUUUUGCUGGUGACAUAUUUAUGGUUCCUGAUGAUCCUUUGGGAAGAAAUGGACCCAGAUUAGAUGACUUCCUUCGAAGUGAAGGCUAUUCUAGAGAUUUUCGAUCUGCACAAAAGGCUUUACAGAGCAGUGGACAAUAUUCUUCAGAGACACCUUUCUUCGUGCCAGUCUCCAAACCAACCAGUAGCAGUCAACAGCCUAAAAACAGAGUACAUAGUGGUCGUUCAUCAACAUGGCUUCCACUGGAAACAGACUUAGAGGCUUGUCUAGCAAUUCCGCCACAGAGAUCUGCCUCAGAAACAAUACAGCUUAGAGAAGCCCUGAUAAAAAUUUUUCCUGAUUAUGAGCAAAGACAAAAGAUUGAUCAAAUACUAGCUGAUCAUCCAUUCAUGAGAGACCUUAAUGCACUGUCUGCCAUGGUGCUUGACUGAAUAUUAUACAGGGUUUUUAUAUCAAUCUGACUAACUUUGAAUAUCAAUGUGAAGAAAAAUGUUGCUCUGUUAUGUUACAUUGUGAAUAUUCAGAACUUAAUUUUAUUUGUAUAAACAAAGAUAUUUUUUGUGUAUGUUCUGUUUCUAAUAGAUGCCAGUUUUUGGUAAAUUAAAAACUGCUGCUACUACA